AGAUCCCAAGCAUAUCAUAAACUGAGAACUACUCUGCAUGAAUAAUGCUGGGAUGUGGAAGAAACUGGCAAAACUGAACCCUGGGUUUUAUAAAAGGAGAAGAUGGGAUCUGGCUGCCUGAAAGUUACAAAGUACUUCCUUUUCCUCUUCAACCUGCUUUUCUUUAUCUUGGGUGCUGUGAUUCUGGGCUUCGGAAUAUGGAUUAUGGUCGACAAAAACAGCUUCAUUUAUGUUUUGCAAACAUCAUCAUCAUCAUUAAAGACUGGAGCAUACAUUCUCAUUGGAGUUGGGGCUGUCACCAUGUUAAUGGGGUUCCUGGGCUGCCUUGGAGCAGUAAAUGAGAUUCGAUGUCUCUUGGGACUGUACUUCACCUGUCUGUUCCUGAUCCUGAUAGGUCAGAUAGCUGCUGGACUAUUCAUCUACUUCCAUCAAAAUGCACUCAAAGCAGAAGUGUCUGGAAUCGUCCAGAAUCUUGUCCAGGAUUAUAAUCCUAAUGAUGAAAGAAACAGGACUAUUGAGAAUGCAUGGGACUAUGUCCAAUCACAGCUUUCUUGCUGUGGCUGGACUGGGCCAGAAAACUGGACGCAGAACACAAUCCUCGUGGACAGAAAUCAGACUGCCUACCCUUGCUCUUGUAAAAAUGGCACAAAGGAAUCUAUGUUUUACGAGGGCUUCUGCGAUUUGGACAUUGCUUCUAACCCCAAUGCAACAUUUGCUGAUUGGCCGGUUCACAAGAAGGGCUGCAUGGAAGGUGUGGAGGGCUGGAUACAAGAGAACCUUGGCAUCAUUCUCGGAGUCUGUGCAGGAGUUGCUUUCAUUGAGCUGCUGGGAAUGGUGCUUUCGAUCUGCCUCUGCAAGAACAUACAUACUGAAGACUACACCAAAGUGCCCAAGUACUGAGACUGCUGGCCUCAGGAAUUGCCCCAGAGCAAAUGGACCAUUUCUCUCUUUGUACCCAGACUGUCUUCAUCACUUAGCAUUCCGCCUGUGCAACAUUGCUGUGGAUCUCUGAGGCUGCAUUGCAGCUGUGAAUUUUUCGAGGGAUCAAGGGAUUGGGCAGCCCCCCUCCCAAUCAUCUUUUGACUGUUCUUCCGUGAAGCAGGCCACUUAAGUCUUCCUCUACUCAUAUGAUGCCCUGCACCUUUACUGUCGGCACUGCGCUAGACAGUCCUUUAUUUUUAUCUAUGUUUUGACCCAUUUUGAUUAGACUUAGAGUAGUCCUUCCUGCAGCCACUGGCUGCCAGUGCUGUAUAUACAAAACCUGUCCAUUCUUCAACUAGGAGGAAUCUUCAGUGCUUGGAUGAUUGUUCGUGGCUCUUUUCAAACACACGUGCUGCAGAAAGACACAUCCUUUCUCUGACUUCUCUGACACCUCUGCCUUUCUCUAUUUCCUCAAACCUACUGAAUUUUCUCUAGAAUCUCUUGUUGCACAGAUCACUGUGUCUUGCCUGGAAUGGCACCUUUCUUUUAUUAUUGUCUUGUUUAAGACACUCACCAGCUACAAAAUUGACCCGCUACAAGCUCAUUAUUUCACCAAAGAUCCCCUCUGCAUGAGGGGGUGGGGCUUGGAGGGAAGGGAUGUAAUACUUCUUUUCUCUGCCACUUUUUUUUUCUUACCGGGUCAUGCUAGCUUGCAGGCACUUUAGAGGCUGUGUAAGGGGGAGUAUGUACAGGCUCAGUGAAGUAUGUUCUUGGGUUGCUAACUUUUAUAGUGGUGAUUAGAUCUAUUUUUCCAAACUGAAUCUUCUGCUGUUCAAUUUUUUUAAUUUGCUGUGGUGAUGGGAUUGAUAUCUGGAUUCUGGGAUCAUCUGAAUACUCAGUUGUCUGGGCAAGUAGAUGAGAGAGAGAGAGACUAAUGUUCUGCCAUGUGACCUUUGAGUUGCUAAGAUUGUCAUAUGAACGUGGUGUGUUUGUGCAUCAGGAUCUGGCUGUGUGAGUUUCUGUUCUGGGGAAAGCAUCUACGUUCCACAUCAUACCCAUGAUUCACUUCCAGAGGUGAAACAUGGAGGGCAAUGGAAUUAUUUGAAGGGAAGAUCAGAAGUAGAUGAGAUACACAGGCACAUGUGGUGAUCACAUUCUGAGCAACAGUGUUUAUUUGGCCACAUGGCGCAAUGUUUCAGGGAAGGUUUCCAUUUCAGAGCAACCGGGAAAUCAUGUAGAGAAACUGGACAAAGGCUGUUCAUGUUUUGCCCUUAGUUUUUGGGAAUAUAUGGUUUACUGAGUCUGUAUAUUAUUGCUGUUUGUUUUCUGAACUGAGGAAGAACACCAAGUGCAUCUGAAAAUUCACCAUCCAAAGAGCUCUGUUGCCUAGAAAGCCUAAUGGGACAGGAAUCUAAAUAAAGGAUCUAACAAAAUUUAACCUUGAAGGGUAUUUUAAUGGGCUUCCAGUGGCUGGUCAAUUUCACCCUUGUGAAAGCAUAUUGUAUAUCCUAGAAAACAUGGAGGCAAUGGCUUUUUUUUCUGUAAAAGGAUGAUGAUGCACACAGUAGGGAGACUAGAUGGUUGUAAUUUUGCUUCAGCUAUGGGGCUAGAGUUUUGUGCAGUAAGAGACAAUGAUGAAUAAUCCAAGAAGGAUGUUCUUUCAUCCAUGGUUGCAAUACUUCUACAUAAAGAUUCUGGCUAUCAAUCCGGCUUGUAAAGGGUAAGCAGCAAAUCUGAGUGCUGUAAUUCCUGGCAUGAUUUCUUGUGUAAGUUCCUUUAAGCUUGGUGUUUCUGUUUUUGAACUGGUAUAAACCUCAGUUUUUAUCUUCACCUCUUACGCUUCAACUGAUAAGACGCUUACUUGAUAAGCUGCUCAUUCUAUGAUUCUUGUUCUCGUAUUUUGAUUUGGCUCUCUGCAGAAGGAAAGCAGAGCCCCUUCAAUUCCCUCCCUUUUUUGUUUUGUUUUUAGGAACCUCUUCCAGAUGGAAGAAUUGCAUGUACAGAUUUAAA